GAACGACACGGUCGCAGAGUGUGAAACGCUUGUCGCCUCAAUUCGAACGACAAAUUCUCCAUCGUCCGACGUGUUACACGAUGAACGUCGAGAACGUGGAGAACGAUACCUUUGGAUCGUACUGUGCGCUGUUGGUCGCCUUCAAGACCAUGAAGGAACGUUGCCAACAAUUGCAGACACGAUUGGCGACAGUAGAGGAAGAGAAUAUGUGUCUUAGGCUCGAAUGUGGCAGGGACGUUACUACAACUGUUGUCAAGGUUGACAAAAGUGACAAAUCUGCGCUGCAAACUCUACAGGAAAAGAUAGAGGAACUUACAAAACAAAAGUCCCAGCUGUCUCAUCACAUUUUCAUGGUAGCCGCGGAAAAUCGUCAAUUAUGGAAUAGGUUAACAAGAUUGACUAAAACUAAUAAAUCAUUAGGUAGCCAGUUAACAAAGAUCUCGGAUACACUUAAACAGCAUCCUGCUACACAGCCGUCUGACAUUAUUUCGUACAACUUUCACGAUGUGGCUAAUUUAGAUAAACAGGAUGCUAAGACGUAUUUACUAACUACAGAUGGUGAAAAAGAGCAAAGCCUGGAAGAAAUAUCUCUUCGAUUAAUAAAUAGUAUUAUGUUAGAAAAGUCAGAUCUCGAACAGCAAUGUGCAGAGAUGAUGGAGUUAAACAAUUCCGAAUUAAAUUUACAAAACGUUGGUUUCACAUAUCCAGAAGAUUCUGACACAGAUUCAUUAGAGCAACUGAAACAGCACGAAAUUCGAUUAUCUCAAACUAAGGAUGCCUUACUUGGGCAACAAACUAGAUUAAAGAGGGCCUUACAGAAUCUUAAAAAAAUGAGGAAAGGAAUGAUAUGUAAUAAUUGUCAAAAAAAUGCAAAUAAAAAGAUGUGCCAAACAGGUACACAAUUUGAUUCCGAUGAUAGUUUCAAAGAACAUCGAGCUACUCAGACUAGUCCCACAUCUCCGAGUCUUUCUAUGGAAAAAUGUCCUAAUCUGAACGAUAAUAUAGAUGUUGACAUCAAUACAUGCCCAUUGUGCGGAAUGGUUUACGAAAAGUCCAUACCAUUUGUGGAAUUCCAUGAACAUGUCUUAAGCCAUUUUGCCAAGGAAAUGUCUACAGAGGAUUUUGAACUUGUACAUUGAUUUCAGCAUCAAAAUUAGUGAUGAAUCAUUCACACGAAAUUAUUUUCAGAUUUCAACAUAUAUAAGGAAAUUUAUGGCGAUUGAGAAUACGAAAUAUUGAAAUAGACAAAAGAAGCUCAAUGUACAAUAGUAUAAUUUAUAUAAA